UCUGCCUCGCGCUGCCGGGCUGCUGAGAACGUCCUCGCGCUGGGGAGGAGAUCCAGGAGAGUAGAAGAGGAGGACGGGGAGACACCAGCUCACUGUCGGCCAACAUGCACUCACUCGGGAUCCCGUUUCUGCUGCUCUGGCUUACCUGGAGCCACUCCUGCGCCCUCGGAGGAAAAGUCAACAAGCACAAGCCGUGGAUAGAGACCUCUUACCACGGUGUGAUCACAGAGAACAUGGACACGGUGCUGCUGGACCCUCCACUGGUGGCUCUAGACAAGGACGCCCCGGUUCCCUAUGCUGGGGAGAUUUGUGCCUUUAAGAUCUAUGGUCAGGACGCUCCAUUUGAGGCUGUGGUGUUGAAUCGUACAUCAGGAGAAGGAGUCCUGAGGGCCAGCAGCCCUGUGGACUGUGAGAGCCAGAAAGAGUACACAUUUAUUAUCCAGGCCUACGACUGUGGGGCCGGGCCCAGCGGGGCCGACUGGAAGAAAUCCCACAAGGCUGUGGUUCACAUCCAGGUGGAUGACGUCAACGAGUUCAGCCCCGUGUUUCGGGAGUCGCUGUACAAAGCAUCAGUAACAGAAGGCAAAAUCUACGACAGCAUUUUACAGGUGGAAGCUUGGGACCAGGACUGUUCACCGCAGUACAGUCAGAUCUGCAACUAUGAAAUCGUCACUUCAGGGACACCGUUUGCCAUAGAUCGUAACGGUAACAUCAGAAACACAGAGCGACUGAGUUAUGACAAACAGCAGAGCUACAAGAUCAUGGUGACGGCCUUUGACUGUGGUCAGAAGAGAGCGAAGGAGGAUGUGGCCGUACACAUUGAAGUCAAGCCUGUCUGCAAGCCUGGAUGGCAAGGUUGGAACAAGCGGGUGGACUACGAGCCAGGAACUGGAAGCAAGCAGCUCUUUCCCAAGAUGCAUUUGGAAACAUGCGAUGGUCCAUUGUCUGGGGUGAAGGUGAUGGUAGAGCUGCAGACGAACCACAUCGGGAAGGGCUGUGAUCGUGAAACUUACUCUGAAAAGUCUCUGCAAAAACUCUGCGGUGCAGCAUCCGGCAGCACCGACCUCCUUCCUGCCCCCAGCCCAUCCACAAACUGGACAGCGUCUCUGCUGACUGACAGUGGCAGAGACAGUGACCUUAUCUACAGAUUUGACGGGCGUCAGGCCGCGAAUGUUCCAGAUCACGUGGUGCCCCAAAACCUGACAGACCAGUUCACCGUAGCAACGUGGAUGAAACACGGGCCGAGUCCGGGGCUCAGAGCCGAGAAGGAAACCCUACUGUGUAACUCUGACAAGACCGAGAUGAACCGCCACCACUACUCUCUGUACGUUCACAACUGCCGCCUGGUGUUCCUGCUCAGAAGAGAUUUCACUCAGGUUGACACUUUCAGACCUGCCGAGUUCCACUGGAAACUGGAACAGAUCUGUGACAAGGAAUGGCACUAUUACGUAAUCAACGUGGAAUUUCCUGCAGUUACUCUGUUUGUGGACGGCGUGACCUAUGAACCCUAUCUGGUGACGGAUGACUGGCCGAUCCACGCCUCAAAGAUUGAUACGCAGCUGACGGUGGGCGCCUGCUGGCAAGGUGGUGAGGUAGCGACCCCGAGGUUCACUCAGUAUUUCCAUGGCAGCCUGUCAGGUCUGACAAUCCGACCAGGACGCAUUGAAACGCAGAAGGUUAUCUCCUGUCUGCAGGCCUGCAAAGAAGGCCUUGAUAUUAACUCCCUUGAAAGCCUCGCCAAGGACAUAAAGUUUCACUUUAACCCGGCUCAGUCUGUGCUGGUGGUGGAAGGAGAGGAUGUGGACAGCAUCAACACAGCCAUGACCAAGGUCUCCUACAUCAACUCUCGCCAGUUCCCGACGGCAGGACUCAGACGCCUUCAUAUCACCACGACAGUACAGUGUUUUGGCGAGGACACGUGCCUCUCCAUCCCAGACAUCAAGGCAGUAGUUAUGGUGCUGCCGCCCAGUGAACCGAGAAUCACUAUUAUAGGAUCUAAUCGACUCGUCAGGCCUGCCAGUGACCUCCGGGGCCCGCUGGGUGUGGCACCCUUCAAAGAGCUUCACAUCACCAGCACAGUAAUGAAGGGAGACAGCUUCGGAGGAUUCCGCAGGCCUGGUGUGAUGGAGGUGAUGCACAACCUGGACUACUGUGAUGUGCUGGUAAUUGGGGAGGAACUCAAUCCUGACAGAGAGAGUCUGGAGAUUCAUCACAGUGCUCUGCUGGGAAAACACCUUGAUGCCACCAACUCCACCUCUGGAAUAUCAAUAUAUGGUGUGGACUCCAUGGCCCACUAUGAGCAGGCACUGAGACAGGUGCGCUACAGGAACUGGCGACCUGCCACUCUGAGUGAGAGAAGAUUCAGACUCACCUGCUCCGAGCUCAAUGGACGUUACACCAGCAACGAGUUCAACUUGGAGGUCAGUGUUCUUCACCACUCAGCGCCUGUGGAACACGUCAAUCAUAUGGCUGCCCAACCCCAGUACAUGAGGCCCGUCCAUCACCCACUCAUGAUACACUCUCUGAACUCCCACAUUCCAGGAUCAGCACCUCCUGCAGCCACAGUUGUUAUCGUGGUUUGUAUCGCCGCCCUGGUGGUAAUUGUGGUGAUCGGCGUCUACAGGAUUCAUGCCACACAUCAGGAAGGUUCCAGAGACGAGGAGGAGGAGGUCAAAGAUCCUGAGGUGGACUGGAACAACUCCGCACUCACCAUCACUGUCAACCCCAUGGAGAACAUAAGAGGACAACAGGCUCUGAGGGAGGAGGCGAGAGAUGAAGAACGUGAAGAGGAGGAAGAAGGAAAGGACGACGAGUUGGUGGGAGGAGUGACGAGUGCCGAGUCAGACAACAGCGACGAGGAGGAAGACGAUGACGGGAGGGAAGAGAUGAAAGAGAGGAAGCAGAAGGGAAAACUUGAGUGGGACAGUUCCUCUGCAACAUACUGACCACACACACAAACAUGAGCAUAUAUCCACACUGACACACACUCUCUCUGUGUUCGCCUCUCUCUCUUUCUGUCUCUUUCUCUAACAAAAACAACAACAACAAACACCCACACGUCGUGCUCGGUACAGGUAAACAGGAAUAAAAUCUCUUAUAAAAUAAUUUUCAAUCUGUUGCUGGACAAUACACUAUCAGUCCUUCCGUGGUGUCAUUUUUAAUGAAAUAUCUCCCUCUGCUGGACAUAGCCAGACACACACUGGAUCAGCUGCAGUCCCACAGUGCUGGAAAACAUUGUGUGUGUACGUUAUUAUUCACAUCACAGUCAGUGAAGCAGAGCAAAAUAUAUCAAACAAGCACAGUCAUCUCAUAAUGUGUGCAGACCUCAGAAUCUGGAGGUUCGCUGAUAAAAAUUAAAUCCCAGAACCAUGAAGCGGAUCAUAAAUAUCGAGAUCCCGAAAUAAAGGAAGGGUUAAAUUGGCCAAUAUUUAAUUCGUCUUUAGAUUACUUUUAUAUUCUGUUAAGUUAUUAACCAUUUUACCCGCAAGAUGACAAUUGAAUUGAUGUAUCCAUGUGCAUAUCCACUAUAUAAUGUAUCCAUAAACUUUUUAAAUAUGAUUCCCAUGACCUAAGUAGUAGGUAUGACAUAGCUGUACUGUCACUCUGUUCUCAUGUUUAUCUCAAGCCAGACGCCUGUAUGUUCUGAACAUGUGUGUGAUCAGUGCUGACUUUCUCCAAAUGCAUCACAGUUCUGUGGUUCUGUGGCCUGGACACUAAAGAGAAGCGUGAUCUCUCACCAUAAACAUUCCACAUCUGUCCUGGUUUACAUUCAGUACACAGCAGAUUUAUUAAAUGUUGAAUAUCUUCUACCUUUGGUUUCUCAAAAGUAUUUUUAAACUAAAAUGGUCGCUUUUCCUUCAGUCUGAUUGGAAAAGCUGAUCAUAGUUAAAAUACUGUUUGAAACAAUAGAGCAGGUGGCUCUUUGUUUGCGUCUGUCUGUGUAUCAUAUCUAUCCAUACUGUGGCCUAAUGCAGCUUUUGCUGUUUAGGAUUAGAUCAUUUAUCUUUGUUUUAUCAGCAGAUAAAAUGAUACAGAGAUAUUACUGUUGUCGACUGAGACCCCGUGUUUAGUUUUUCCUUUAAUAUCUAUAGAAAAGGGAGCCCUCUAUGCAAUUAUGGGCCCAGUAUAACAGACCAGUACGCAGAAACAGGGGCACUCCAGCGAUUUAGAUUGUGCUGAUAUGAAGGUGGAGGAGUGAAGAGAGACUAAGUGAAAAACUGGUGAAACAGAGGCUGACAUGUUCUGUCUUUAGAGUAUCAGUGAUUCUCCAGAAAUACUGUCUGCUAGCUCAGUAGCAUCUCAUCUUAGACAUGCCAAUACCUGCCUAGGAGAUGUUUCACAAAACAGUGGCUUCAAUCAAACUAGAGACUUCAGUUUGUCACUUCAAGUCAUCUGUUGCAAAGUUCUCUGGUUUCUGAUCCUUGUAUGUUAUUAACUAUGAACUCUUGGUUCGGUAAAACUUUCUUUCUAACUCAAUCCAUCUUCUGCUGCUUACUGUCCAGGUCUUGGGGGCAGAGCUGCUUAAACCUUCUGCUCCCUUUCCAGCUUUUCCGGCACGAUACCAAGGCUUUCCCAAGCCCACCAAGACACAUAAUCUCUCCAGUGUAUCCGGGGUGUGCCCCAGGGACUCCUCCUGGUUGGAGGCACCUCAUAUGGAGGUGUUCAGGAGGCAUCCGAGACAGACGCCUGAACCGCCUCAGCUGGCUCUGUUUGAGGUACUCAGGGCAUCUGUCUAAGAUGUGUCCCAUGUGGUGGAUUUGAUGGCAGGUGAAGGUUGGAGGGACCUUCGCGGUCCAACACACGGCUGCAAAAUCAGCUUUAGGGACUUUUCAAACUGAAAAAGAGCUAAAAUGUUUGCCUUCUAGAAAGAUUUAACAGUAACACGGAGAAAAAGAAAAAAAUCAGGUCACAUAAAAUUUUAGAUGCAUUUUGUUCAGUGUCACAUGUCAGCAGGUGUGUGAAACCAGAUCUGGGUGAUUCUGAGCUGCACACUUCCAGUUUGUUACAAACUCUCAUGUCGAAGCAAAAAUAAACCCCCAGAUGACGUUAUGUGAAGGAAAGUGAUAUUCAUAUGUGAAAUCAUUGGAGUGCCCCUUUAAAGUCAGGUAAAGCCCCACAGAGCAACUUUGGUAAAUGUUGGAGCGAAGAAGCAGAGUGAGUGUCUAUUUUUACUUUUCUUGUCAAGUCCACAUUGUCUCACAGCUUCACCACAACUACAACUUGUACCGUCAUUAUUACAGAUUAUCUUUCUCACACAAAGCUGAAUUCCAAGAGUUUGUCUACAUCUACAUGCCGAUGAGCUAAACGAACCCUGACAUUCCCAUUUCUAUGUGUGGACGAUGACCCCUCCUCCCUCUGAGCUCUCUAACGUUCGCCCUCCCUCCCUCCCUCUGUUGGCCUUUAAGCACCUGUGAUAGUGAUGUCAUCAUUGUGAAACAACUGCCUUGUUUCCUUCGUCCCCCUUUUGUCAUAUUAUGCUUCUGAAAGAUUAAAGAGGAAAAAAAAGAGAUUCUUUUACAUAUGAAAACAAACCCUGUAAAAAUGUUCAAGACAGUUAUUUUAUAUAUCGGUUUGGUUUUCUUUUUGUAAACAAAAUGGUUGGGAUUUCUCUCUCUUCAGUGGUCAUCCCACUGCUUUCUGUAUACUGACCAAUAAAAACUUGUUUUAGACUCUA